AUGUCCUCCACUGACGACAAAAAGGUUCUCGUUGUCCUCGGCGCAACAGGAAACCAAGGCGGUUCAGUUGUCCGAACUUUUUUAAAUGAUCCAGUUUUGGCAUCCCAAUGGCAUGUCCGAGGAACCACCCGCAACGCCUCGUCCGUUGCCGCAGUUGAACUCUCGAAGCUUGGUGCUGAGAUGGUAUCGGCAUCUCUUUACUCGGAGGCAGAACUUCGAUCCGCCUUCACAGAUGCCACGGCCAUCUUCGCCGUCACGGACUUUUGGACAGCCAUACAAGAUCCGGCACUUCACAAGCAAGCUCAGGAGACUGGAACUCACUUGACUAUCAUCGCGCAGGAGGUUGAAGAGACGUGGGGCCGCAAUCUUGCUGCCGCCGCAUCGGAUAUUCCAAGCCUCGAGCGCUUCGUCUUUAGCAGCUUACCCAGCGUGACGGAGCUUAGUCACGGCAAGUAUAAGCAUGUCCACCAUUACGACGGCAAAGCCAACAUCGUCAAAAACAUACAGCAAUCCUACCCGGAACUAUGGUCAAAGAUGUCCCAGAUCUUAGUGGGGUCCUACAACAGCAACAUUCUCCCGGGUUCAUAUUUUCCUCCUGUGUAUAAUCCCGCAACCAAGAAGGCAGAAUUCGAUGGACCAGUUUCCCCUGAUGCCUUGUGGCCGUUCAUCAAUGCACCAAUCAGCACUGGUCUGUUUGUCAAAGCAUUGAUUUUAGACGAGCCGGUCGGCACUAUCCUAGCAGCGUUUGAUGAGUGGAAGUCAAUCCAGCAGAUAAUCGAUCUUCUUACUCGUUUCACGGGUAAGGAGUUUGGGUACGUUCAAAAGACUGUUGAGGAGAUGGCUGCUGCAUCUCCCAUUGGCUUAGAACUACCCGAGACUUAUUUGUUCGCAUCAGAAUAUGGUGCCCUCGGUGAAAAGGCUGACGGGUGGAAGAAUACUUUGACAUUGCCCUCAGAUUUGAAGGCGAAGAUUGAGCGUCCCAGCUUUGAAAAGUGGCUGCAGGAGCAGGAUUGGAGUUCAGUGUUCGAAGCCGCUUAA